AUGGGGGGGAUCCAGGCUGGUCCUUCCUACAGAGUAGGAACAAGGAAAAUAUGGCGCUUGGCAACGAUACUGUUGGUACUUACGGGCAACCAGCAGCUUACAGGGUCCAAAGAGAAAUGCAGACUGAGGAGCACUUCCAGGCGUACUUUGAAAGAAAACUGUCCUCCACCUUGGGUGGAGCACUACAAAUCCAUCGAGAGAACAGACGGCUACAGUGCAGGACUUUUAGGAGUUUGGCUGACCAGGUUACCUCUGCCAAAUAUCAAUGGCUUCCUUUCUGCGUUCUGCUGCUCGCUGACAUAUGUUAUAUUUGGGACUUCGCAUCAUAUCUCAAUUGGCUCAUUCAGCAUCCUAAAUGUGGUGGUGACAGACGUUCUGAAGACUCUUAAUUUCAACCAAACAUUGUCCUCUAAUGGUUCACUGGACAACUUCUCAGACCCUACAUUUAUGAAAGAUUACAUGGAGGCCUUGACACUUACCGCAUCAAUAACAUUUUUGACUGGCAUCAUUCAGUUGCUGCUAGGUUGCUUUUGCCUGGGGUUUGUAACAACAUACGUGCCGAAGACGCUCAUUGAUGCUUACCUCACUGCAGCAGCCUUGCAUGUCAUUGUAUCACAGUUUACCUUUAUCUUUGACGUCAUGCUUGACUUCCAUAAGGGCCCCCUGGGCAUUUUCUAUAAUCUAUUUCAUUUCUUCCUGGCUCUCCCAAAGGCUAAUGCCACCAGCAUAUUGCUAUUUUUGCUUAGCAUGGCCACACUACGAGUCAAUACAUCUAUCAUGAUAACUUAUAAACAUAGUCCUGUUGCAUUUCCUAUGGAGCUUCUCUUGAUUAUCACAGUCACCAUUAUUUCUAAUCGCAUUCAUCUUCACGCUGAAUCUAGUAGUGCCGUGGUCAGUAUGAUUCCUCAGAGGUUUCUGCCUCCUACACCGCCAGAUCUAUCAAACCUGAGCAAGAUCAUACUGCAUGCCUUCUCCCCUGCUAUUGUAAGCUAUUUCCUUCUUGUUUUUGUUGGCGAGAGGUAUGCUUCACUUCACAACUACAAUAUUGCCAGCAAUCAGGAGACCUUGCUUUCCAGAAGGUUUCCUGAGCUUAGCGACACAGAGGAGCAACCAGCAAGUGAGCUAAUAGCUGUGGGGCUAUGCAAUAUUUGCAGCUCACUUUUCAAAAGCUUUGUUGUCAGCUGUGCUAUUUCUGGAACUGUCGUUCAAGAGAAGACAGGUGGAAGAACACAGUUAGCAGCAGCGAUUGGAGCAUCUAUGAUGCUGGUGAUUGCGCUGAAACUAGGAGACUUUUUCCAGAUGAUGCCUAAUGGUAUACUGGCUGCUAUUGUGGUAUUUAACAUGCUCCCUUUUCUUGAAAAAUUUCUGGACGUCCCCAUCCUGUGGAGACGGGAUAAGUAUCAUUUCGUUAUUUGGCUUGUAACUUUUGCUGCAGUGCUUUGUUUUGGUCUUGAUGUUGGUUUAGCGAUCGCCAUGGGAUUUACGUUCCUCAUAAUCACCAUUAGGUCACACAGAAUGAAGAUGGUGGUGCUGGGACAGAUUCCAAACAUGAAUAUUUAUAGAAGUUUAUCCGUCUACAGAGCCGCAAGGGAGAUUGAAGGUAUCAAAAUCUUCCAGUGCUGUUCUUCCAUCUCUUUCGCAAACAUGAAUCACUUCAAAACCUAUUUGUUACGCAAGAUGGACAUGAAAGCAGUGCCUCUAGAUGAAAGUGAAAUGAGGGCUUUAAUUUCACUUAGUCUGUCUGACACUGCAGUGGAAAGGAAAGACCUUAAAUGCUCUUGUGUCUGUGAUCCGCCUCUACCACCACCUAGGAUACCAUAUACAGAGAAACUGGUGAAGCGACGUCACGCAGACAGCGAUUCCUCAUCAUCUUCAGUUAAUUUGGUACAUUGGUCAAAGUACGGAGACCAACUCAGCUCCAGGACGCUCUUGGUGGGAGCAGCUGAUGCGCAGUGUGCAUCCCCAGGCUUUAGCACAGGACUUACGACUGAAAAGAACGAGGAUGAAGGGAGAAGAGCUUGCCUUUCACCAGGCUCUGCAAUAGAUAAUUCCUCAGUACGGUUAGAUCAGGACGAACAGCCAAUGCACGUGCCAUGUCCAGUUCACACCAUUAUUUUAGACUUCAGCAUGGUGCAAUUUGUGGAUUUGAUAGGUUCAGAGUUACUGCGACAGAUCAUCCGUAUGUUUCACAAUAUUGGCAUUACAGUCCUCAUAGCUGGCUGUCACGCCUCUGUGAUAGCAGACUUUGAGAAGAAUGAUUUCUUUGACAGCUGUGUCACCAAAGAAAGGUUCUUUCUAACUCUUCAUGAUGCUGUGCUGGCUGCUUUGGACAAGCAUCAAAAGCCAGAUGAGCUAGAACCUACUGCGAAAGAGUUUACUGAAGAACCACUAGCUGAACAGCAGAAGGAAAGAAGUUUGCUCUUGAAGAACAACAAAGAUUUUUUCCCUGCAAAGAACUCUGACAACAAACUUCUGCAUGAAGAGCCAAUAUCAGAUAUCUCAUGCUCAGCCCAGAAUAAAGCAGAGCCAAGCUCGCUCCGGCAGUAUGAUACUCCACCCCUUCAAUCGGAUUUCCAGGACCCAGGCUGGGGGAAGAGAUGGAAGUAUACCAGCAGUCCCUGAAUUACAAGUGUUGGGGAAUUGGGAUUUCAGGAGAGAGGAGAAAGGUACAGUUAAGCAACAGCCUUCGAUCUUCUUUUUAUUUUUUCUGUUCCAGAGUUCUUAAAAUAGACAGCCUGCCUAGUGCCUCCAGUAAUUCUGCUGUUCUAAACAAAAAGCAACAUUUAUGUUAUUGCUUUCAAGCAUUUUCAAAUAGAUACGCUACCCAGCAAUGCCGAAAGCAGAGAAAUUUCAAUGUAUAAGAUAAUUCCUAGUUUUGUCGCUAAUUCUAGCAAAUUAUUUGCGGUUGUCUUCUGAAAUUCUGUAGAGGUUUAAAUGUCCUAACUUAGCACUUCUUAUAUAUUUAUUGCAUGCUAGUAAGUAAAAUUAAUCUGCCAUAUUUCAACAGAUUACAUGCAGGCAGUUUCGUUAUUUUCAGAUGUGUUUAGAAUGAUGUGAAGCUUCAAAGAAAACAUUUUGUUAUUACUCUUCAACACUAUGCUGAAGUUGAUAUCGUCUGCACUAACAACAUGGUGUCCGUCCAUUAUUUCUUCCUCAGUCCCUUUCUAAUCCACCAGAACUAAAUCCCAGUAAACAAUAUAAUAUUUUUUUCAUGGUUUUGUAGUCCUUUACUGAAAUAGUGAAGAAUGGAGAAUGUAUUCACUUUGUUCUGAAGAGCCAGGAAAAUUGUAGACUUACAGUUAGCACUUGAGAAAAAAAUGAACUUAGUUAUAUUUUCUGUAGAUCAGCCGUAGAGUUUGAUGCAGUAAUAUCAGUACAUAGGUGUGAGCUGGGAUUCCACUGAAAGCUUUUAACUGUACCAGCAACACACAACACAAGGCUUCACCGUGCCUGCGUCUGGAGGAUUAUCCCAUGGCACAAAUUGCCUAGUGUGAAGAGCUGCAGGUGAAUUAAUUUUAGAUGGGUGGCCAGCACUGUGUAUAUACACCAUUCCGACCCCAUUUUAGGGCAAAGCUUGGAUUUAAAUGAUGGAUCCUUUGUGUACAGAGCCUGUGCUCUGGGCUAAAUUCGUUAACAUGUGAACAGCUCUAACUUUUGCUGCUGGGCAUUGUGUGGUUUCUGGAUGUGCAGUAACAGCAAGGUGGCUCUUCUGAAUUCUGCUGCUCCUGGCUGCUUAGCAAUGAUACGAUGGCUAAUAGGAAUAUUAAUA